UCCUUCAAAUUGUCUUAUGAGUUUUAUUUAGUUUAGCUCUAUUACAUUUUUUGUAAUAUUGGAUUACAUUAUAUUUGCAUUAUUUGUAAAUUAAAAUCAUAUACAUUUAAUUAAUCUUGUAGAACAUUCAAUAGUGUAGCACAAAUUUUCCACCAAUAUAAUAGAAUGAAUUUUAAUUAUUGUUUGGAAGAAGAAGUUUAACCUAUAGUUUGUGAUCAAAGUUUACUUAAAAGAGAAAAUGGAAUUCGUCGAUAUUUACGACCAUGAUUUAGAUGAAUUAAUUUAUUUCCCUAAGAGCAUCCCUACAGAUGAAAUAAUACAAGCAAAUGAAAAAGAUUUGGAUGGUUGCCAUUGUAUAUCUGAAUGUCAAUACGGGUCAUGUGCGUGUUUGGAUCGAAGCGGAUUCUCUUAUACUUAUGUGGACAGGAGCGAUUUAUCAACUUAUUCAUUAAAUGAACUUAAUGACUUGAAACCAAACUAUGAAUGUAGUUUAAAUUGUAAAUGCACAGUAACUUGUGGAAAUCGACUGGUUCAAUAUGGUCCAAAUCCAUUUCUGACUGUAAAGAAAUGCAAUGAUUCCAAAGGAUUGGGGUUAUUUACAAAUAAAUAUAUUAAAAAAGGUACAUUUAUCUGUGAAUAUGCUGGAGAAUUAAUCAAUGAGUUUGAAUAUAAAAAAAGGUUUAAUUCAUACAAGACAAGAUUAAAAAUGAACUAUGUGUUUUGUUUAAAUGAACAUUUUGGAGACAAAACUGUUAAAACAUUUAUAGAUCCCACAUAUUAUGGGAACAUUGGGCGCUACAUUAACCACAGUUGUGAUCCAAAUUGUAAUUUAGUUAUAAUUCGCAUUGAUACAACAAUACCAGGUCUUUAUGUAUUUGCCAACAAAGAUAUCCCAGAAAACUGUGAACUAACAUUCAAUUAUGGUAAUGUAAUCCCAGGAAACUGUUCAAAUCAAACAAAAUGCUUAUGCAAUAGUCCAAAUUGCCAACAAUUUUUACCCUUUGAUGACACAGUACUUACCGCAGACUUGUAGUAGGGUGUGAGAUCAACACUGGGGAAUACUAUGUUAAGAUUUCUUACAUCUUUAACAGGGGAUAUGUAUACUAAGGUUUUGAAAUGUUCAUCAUCAAAUGGAUGUUCCUCCCAUCUAGGGGCAGUAACAUUUUUAUCUUCUACUGUUGCAAACAAUUCUGUCACCAUUUCCUCCAGCUCAUCCAGAGAUUCUAAAAUUCAGUUGUAUUAUAGUUGAAUAAUAAUUAA